UGUCUAUUUUGCGACUUUAGCUGUCAAUCAUCUUCUGAAAUAUUUGAACAUUGCAAUGAGAUUCAUGAUUUUAGCAUUAUAAAUGCCAAAAAAAUUCAUAACCUAGACUGCUACAGUUACAUCAAACUCAUCAACUACAUCAGAUUGAAAAAACCAGCCAUGGAAGAUUUGAAGAAAAUAUAUCCCUACAAUACACAUCCUUGGUCUGAUGAUGUCUAUUUAAAGUCUACACUAAACGAUGAUCCUUUGUUAUAUUUU